CUUCAUGAACCCACCCUUCUGAUCUGAAGAGAAUCACCUCUCACUAACCCCUUCAUUUGGCUCACAGACACACAGUGGAACACUUGUCAUCCUAGUAGCUCCCAGUCCUGUGUCUCUGACCAUUAGUAACCAUGAUGCAGGUUUGGAUCCUCUCACUACUGCUGCCUCUCACACUAUCAUUCUCUGGUCUACAUGUUGAUCCUAGCAAAAUUCAUGCUUUCCCAGAUAGCCAAAUCGCUGGGGUGUUUCUGGUCAGCUACACAAAUGCCCUCAACCAGUUGACCUAUGCCUUCAAUGCCUCUGAGGCCAGGGAGGUGUGCUGGUCUCUGGGUGUAACCAUGGCCUCCAAUUCCCAGGUUGAGGAGGCUCAGAGACUGGGCUUGGAAACAUGCAGGUUUGGGUGGAUUGAUGAACAUUUUGCAGUGAUCCCUCGUAUUGAGGCCAGUAAAACCUGUGGUCAAAACCAGACCGGUGUCAUCAAAUGGAGAGCCUCUGUCACCAAACUUUUUGAUGUGUUCUGCUUCGAUGCUUCAGUGAGACAAUUGGAGGAUACCACAACUGAUGUCCCUUUGACCACACAGGAGCAACAGGAGGGACCACAUCCUUCUCCUUCAGGAGCGGCCUCAUUCCCCUCUACCUCCCUCUCUCCAGCCAUCACUCAUCUUGUCCGCUCCACACAGUCUGCCCGGCCCACCUCUCAGUCUCGUUCUUCCCUUCUCUCUCUCAGUAUUUUUUCUGACAACCCAGAGGAGGUAGAGGUAGAACUACACCAGUCCAUGAGCAGUGCAAAUUCUUCAAUCGGAGCGGUGUCAAAAGCAUUAGUUAUCACCUAGACCUUUGUUCUCCUUCUAACUGCAAUGGCCAUUCUCUGGUACUUUAGAACGAACAAUGGGCUGAAGACUAUUCUCCCCUGCUGGGAUGUGGAGCAGCAGAAAGAGUACAUUGAGACAGAGGAGUGUGCAGCACACACCUGUAUGAAGGACACAAAGGAAGCCCAGACUGAGGCUGAAGCUAAGGCUGAACCUGAGGAGGAUGUGUGCAAAGAGACAGCCAAUGACGUCAGUGUGAACAUCAGUGAUGAGACCAACACAGAUUCAGCAUUAGAGACAGAACCUUGAUGCUUUAGAUUCUGUAAGACCAAAGAUAAGAUCUGACUGUUUUUUAAAAGUAAUGUUCCUUUUUUAAAGUUAUGUUCCUGCUUAUGGAAGUUAUGUUGUUUAGUAGUUUGUACAAAGUGUGCAUUGAUGUUAUUCAAAUGCAUUUAUUUAUAGCAUGGGUGGUCUUUCCAAUUUUGAUUUAAAAAGUUAAUUUAUGUCUCGUUGUUUUUUGUUGUUCAUAUUCGAAAUAGAUUGUUCUAGAGAUCGUCCUAUAUUUUAGCCACUAGAUGGCGAUGUCAUCAAGGCAAUUAUUGUUGCAAUGUGGAUGAGUUGGGGCUAGGACUAGUAUUGUGGCUGAAAUGAAAAUGGGUUCAUAUUUUCUGCUAUACAGAUCAUUGAUUUGACGACUUCAGAUAGAGUUAGUCAAUAUUCCAGGGCCACUGCUUACUACUGCAUGUUAAAUAAUGUUUUUAACCUAAUGCCAAUCUUGAACUGAUGCAAUAAAUUCAAACAUUUUGUA